AUGAUUCCAACAACAAAGCGAUUUACAUACUGUACUCUCGCUACAGUAGCCCUACUCGUUGUUACCGUAGCUUACAUAGUAACUCUACAUGUUUGCCAAGUAGAUACGUCCAUCUACGUAAGUAAUACUUUUCCUUUUAUUUUCCAUUUCUACUGUAAUAAACAACUGUUAUAUCUUAUAAUACAACACAGAAUUACCUAAAUUGUACUUUCAGUUGAGUUACUUUGACCUGUACACAGUAGUAAGUGUAUUUACGACAGCUUUCGUACUUGGAAGUGUGAUCGAGUUCCACGCGUUACACAGGAUCGGUGCCUACCCCUACAUCACUCAAAGACAACAUACCAUAAUGUGCUCGUUUUGUAAGUAUUUCGUUCUUUAGUAUUAUACUACUGACUAUAUUGACCUAAUAUAUAACAUAACUACAUAAUAUCACUUUUUACACCAUUGCACAAUACACAUAAUUAUCGUAUCUUGUUUCAGACAAAAUAUUGUUCACCGUAUCCUUCUUAAUGAGUGUAUUUAUGCCAUUUGGCCUUUUACUGCCACCUCAGGAUGCCUGUAAGAUACUGUUCUUCUUGGUGGUAAACACUGUAGUAUCGUAUCUCUGGGUUAGAACAUACGUCAAAUUAGGGGAAAAAGUAAGUAAAUUCGUUAAGAGUAUGUACAAGACCUUACACAUAGUUAAUGACAAUAAAACAUCAACAGUAACUAACAAUACAACUACUUUUAGAUCACAGAUUACUGCGUCGAGAUGAUGGUACUGAACCAAUCGCAUGGCACCGAGAUCCUACUCUCAGAUGCUCUAAGCACAUACGAACUAGAAUAUAAUGCUCUCAUCGCCAAGAGUUACCAACAAGACUAUGCUGACAUCCAAGGCGACAAAAAGAGCAUCUUGAAGUACCACUACCUCAAGCUACAUAGUAUCAUCGCCGCAGUAAGCAAGGAACUCGAAGAUACGACCGUAGAAAACAGAGAGUAUCUGCAGAGCAUGUAUAGUAAUCUCGUGAGAGAAACAGAAAACUACCGUAUCCCAAUCGAGGAGGACAACUUUGUCCGAAGAUACGUCAACAAGAACUGGCAGAUACCAUCGAUACGUGACCACACUCCAGUCAAGUGCAUAGUGUAA